UUGAUAAACAAACGAAUUCCGAACAGAGUCCGGUUAUCAGUUUGUCGCGUUCCGGGCAGUGUUUUUUUCGAGGUUUUUUAAUCGCUGAAAUGACCAGCGGACGUCCACCGAAAUCGCACGUCAGUAACCCACAUUUGGACAAUGGCCAUCAGCUGUUCAACGAAAUGGAAAAAAACGAAAUCUAUCGGAGGGCAGCCAAAAUGCUCCAGGAACGCUGUAAAGCCAUUCAGAAAAGCAACGAGCGAACCGUGCACAGAAUUCACAUGGUGAAGAAAUUAUUGAAAAGACGAACCCGGGAGGUGGAAAUACUGAAAAAUCGACUAGACAAGCAUAAAGAUGGAUGGCGCUCAGCUCCGCAACCGAUGGCCGUGAAGUUGGAAGAAAGUCAAGCCGAUAUCUAAGUACCUUUUGAAAUAUUUUUAAAUUAAAGUACCUACGAUUCUAAUUUUUUUUACGGAAAA